GUGAGUCCUCCGGACUGUUUUCAAUGAACAUGCGCGUUAUUUUUAUAUUUUUACAGAAGCGCCAGCUGAACCAUGGAAUGUUUCUUUUAAUUAAAAAACAAAACAAAUCCAGCCUGACCAACAUUAAGCUGCAGUAGCUGUCAAGGGACGUCCGUGAAGAAAUAACGUCGUUCAAAUGGAGUGUGCAGUUUAUUCCGAGUUUGGAGGCGUCGUUAACUGACGACUUCGUAAUAGGACAGGAACACAUGUGGCCCAGUUCACCUCCAGGACCAAACCAAUAACAUCCGUCCGGAUGGCCUUGAUGGCGUGUGGAGCAAGAGGACUCCUCCUCAACUUGAAGUCCACUCUCCACAGAGCAGGCUCCUCUGUCAGAAUCACACUUCUCCAGAGAUCCAGGGCGUGUUUUGUGAAAAGGGGUGUGAUUUUAACCCAUAUACCCAAGGUUACCCUUCUGUGUUGUGGAGCAGUGAGUGCAUCGUCAGCCAGAUGCCAGGAAGCAACUCUCCCACUAUCCAGUGUUUCCAACAAGAAGUCUCUGGCUAAAGUCCAAGUGCACAAAGUUAUAUUUCUCAUUCGCCUCAGCUUGCGAGCAAUAAUUCUUCUCCUGAAGUUUGGUCCUCUCCUCAUUCUCUCCCCCCUGGCUUUUGUAUCAACUCGCUGGGCUUCCUACUGGCUGGAUGCUCUCCUGUGGGUCACUGAGACAUCUGGCCCGACCUUCAUCAAGCUGGGGCAGUGGGCCAGCACCAGGCGGGACAUCUUCUCUCAGCAGUUCUGUGAGCGCUUCUCUCGGCUCCAUGUCAGGGUGCGCCCUCACUCCUGGUCCCACACCAAGCAGUGCCUGCGGAGAGCCUUCGGGGAGGGCUGGAGGAGGGUUUUAAUGUUUGAGAGCAAAGAGCCGGUGGGUUCGGGAUGUGUUGCCCAGGUGUACCGAGGCUGGGCCAGGGUGGACCAGGUGGAGGAUCCAGCCUUCCAAGCACUGAUUGAGGAGAUGGAGAAAGAAGACUUGCUUGAAGCUUGGGAGAUCCCUGGUUUGGGGGGUGUGGCGAGGACUCUGCAGAAGCUCUGGAGGGGGGCUCCUGAGGAGGAGGGCUUCGAGGAGAAAAAUCUUUUAUAUGGGCAGCAUGAAGAGAGCAGCACUGCAAAGGAACACCUGAUACCUGUGGCUAUCAAGGUGAUCCAUCCAGGCGUCAAGAGGCAGGUCGAGAUAGACCUGCUUCUUAUGAAAGCAGGCAGUUGGCUUCUGCAGUGUCUGCCGGGGCUGAAAUGGCUCAGUAUGUGUGAGGUUGUCGAGGAGUUUGAGAAGCUCAUGACUAAACAGAUUGAUCUUCGUUUUGAGGCCAAGAACAUUGAGCGAUUCCGGGAGAAUUUCCGUGAUGUUGAAUAUGUUAAGUUUCCUACUCCAUUACGGCCGUUUGUGACCAGGACCAUCCUGGUAGAAACCUAUGAAGAAAGUGAGCCAAUUUCUAAAUUCCUGAGCUCUGAAAUUCCAAUGGAGGUGAAACAGAAAAUAGCCCGGAUGGGAGUCGACACUCUGCUGAAAAUGGUGUUUCUGGAUAACUUUGUGCACGGCGACCUCCACCCGGGGAACAUCCUCGUUCAGUGUCGUGGUUCCGACUCUGGCUCCGGUGAAGCCUCGGGUGAGCAUCACGGAAAGACCACCCUCACUGACCUGUGGGACACGGUGGUGGUCAGCGUGCGGCCAGACCCCUGUCCCUUCCAGCUGGUGCUGCUGGACGCCGGCAUCGUGGCCCAGCUCAGCGACCACGAUCUGGCAAACUUCAGGGCCGUCUUCACAGCCGUGGUGCUGCGGCAGGGCGAGCGAGUGGCAGAGUUGAUUUUGCAUCAUGCCCGAGAUAACGAGUGUUCAGACGUGCCUGAGUUCAAAAGGGAGAUGGCUGAAUUGGUCGAUCACGCCCUCAGAAGCAACACCCUGUCUCUGGGAAAGGUCCAAGUGGCAGAGUUGCUCUCCAGAGUGUUUGGUCUACUCAUCAAGCACAAGGUCAAGCUGGAGAGUAAUUUCGCCUCCAUUGUGUUCGCCAUCAUGGUGCUGGAGGGUCUGGGCCGGUCACUCGACCCCAACCUGGAUGUCCUGGAUUUGGCCAAACCCCUGCUGCUUAAGAACUGUGCCUCACUGCUCUGAUAACGUAAGAUUACAGACCUGGACGACAUGGUUAUAGUCUUGUCUUUACAUUUCAGUAACGUCGAAGCCAUAAAUACCUCACCGCGUUUCUUUUUUCCAUCAGUCCCUGUCGCUAGUUACUGUGUAGCUGAGGUGCAAACAUUUCACACACCGACCAACUUGGAGGCUCCGUCAGCGCCGCCGAACGGACGAGAGCACGAAACCCUCCCGGUAGUUUAAUGCGCGCUAAUGGAUGAGUCAGACAUCGACAGACACGCGGAUGGCAUCGGAGACCAUUUGUAGUGAUUUAAGGUACAAAAACAAAAUCGUGCGAGGAUCCCCAGUCGAUACUCAAAAGCAUAUUUUUACUUUUUAAUGACCGAUAUUGAUCUCAGGAUGUCUUUUAUCACUUAAUCUUUUAUUGCAUCUUAGGUAAUGUUGUCUAAUGGGCCAUAUUUGCGUGAGUGUGAUUCACCGUUUGCUCCUGUACACUACAAUGACGAUGUGAAAUGUCCAGCGUUUAACUUUCCAUUAAAAACUGUGGGAACAUUGUGUGAAUUAUUCAUAUCAAUAA